ACUCAACACACCAUUGACAUGAAAGUUCCCACCCUCCUUACUAGGGCAUAGACAUCUCCAAAAGGUCUUAGAAGCAAACAAUUUCUUGAAAAUCCCUAUUCCAAGAGUCAAGUUCACAGCUUGAAUCACCCAUGGAAGGAAGGGAGAGAAAACCUACAAAGAUGUCUGUGCCUCAAUUUGGAGGGUGGGAACAUAAGGCAGCAGGAGUGCCCACUGAUUAUUCAAUGGUGUUCAGUCAAGCUAGGGCAAACAGAAAGACUCAGAAAACUGAAUUAACUGAAGUCAAACGUUUAAGCCUUGGAAAUGAAAGGGAUAACCUAAAUGGCAACCAUCGUCAUGGAAAUGUCCAUGGUCAUACACAUGGUCAUACACAUACACAUGAACAUGGGCAUGCACAUGGACCUGGACCUAGUCAUAGGCAUGAUAAGGAAGAUCCACCUUUCACAGUGAGUCCUUAA